CCGUAGGCAGGGUAGUGUUUAAAUAUGCUAAAAAUUAAGGUGAAAAUGCGUGCACUAAAUUCGUCGCUCGGUGGCAAAUAAAACGAGAAAGUCUUGCGCUCGUUUCGCUACACUUUGCUACAGUACGGUGCAGACCAGGUGUGCUGGGCUUUGUUCGCACCCUUUUUCGUGCUGGGUGAAACAGAACCGCGAAGAAUAAGAGCAAAAAGAGGCGCACGCAUUGAAAUCGAUCGAAACACCAGUGCGCCCUUCGUACGCUGGAGCAAACACACACAACAACAACAAAAAAACCCGCCCUGACCCGUGAAAAGUUUGCACCUAGGCCCUUGAUGCGCCCGAAAGUGAACCGCUUCUUCCCGUUCCACCCCGUCACUUGGCUUCACGCAACCCGCGGCCCGUGUGUGUAACGCCUCAAUUGAUGGCAAUUGAAAGCUGUGAACGAAACAUCCGCCGAGAAUUAGUGGGGCGGCCACUUAACUGACCUUUCCCCGUGCAAUUGACUUUUUUCCUCCUUCCUUUUUUUUGCUUGCACUAAACUGAUUACACGUACGCGGCCGACCUGAUCAAGUGGAGAGUGUGCCGUGGGUAGUGUAACUAGUGACACAUAUGGUUCCAGCGUGUGUAUAAUGAAACGAAAAUCGAAACUGUCCCGUGCAAUGUCUAUGGCACAGUGUGCCUCCGUCAUGGAAGCGGUGCUGUAUUGGGUGUAGGAACAAAGAACCUUCCACAAGAGAGCAACGAGAUAAAUCGGCAACGCGAGGCUUGUGUUUCCAUCCCUCCCCCAGCACGGUUUGCGGCAAGUGACCGGCGCGACGUGGUUUGGGUGCUGGUGGUGGUAGAGUGAAAAUAAAGUGAAGAGUGCAAAAUCACACCCGAAUACCGGCCUACGCAUAGGCGCUUACGCCCUACAACCCGAGCCGUCCGUCCCUGUACGGGCCUAUCAGUAGUGAACGAGAAGAAAAAAACGGCAUUUAAAAUGAAAACUAUUCACACCAUGUUCCGGGUGUUACGGGUCGUAUUGAUAAUGGGUGCUACUGGCCCCAGCACAGUAUGGGCACUUCCUGCGGAAUCGUCAUCGGUUCCGACACGCUCGAACAAUUUACCACUGGAUCUAAUUUCGACAACGACACCGUUAGCUUCAGAAAAUUCCGAGAGUACUCUAUCGCUGGCCGCAAACGAGCACGAACCUGCAACAUUCAAUCUUCACCCGUAUGAUGCCGGCGAUGGCAGCACUGGUGAGGAGGAUUUGGAAGAGCAAGACUUUGAGGAACCCCGGGUACUUCCGCUGAAAUCUUCCGCCACACCGGCAGUGGUCCGCGUUGUACCGAUAGAGCAAUCGGCAAGCAACGAUGAACCGCAAACAUCCACACACGAUCCUACCUUUUCCGCGGAUGAUGAUAUUGAACCAAGCCCACCCCAGAACCUGACCGUACUGGAGGUAACGUCCACCACCAUCAAGCUGACAUGGCGCGAACCGGAAAAAGCGAACGGAGCGAUCCAUGGAUACCGGGUGUACUACAUCCAUCAGAACCAAACCGAUCUCCACAUGCCGAUCCUGAAGCUAAACGAAAUGCAAAACUCCGUCUAUCACUACACGCUUUCGAAUUUAAGUGAGUAUCGUUCUACACCUUCGUUCUUCUAUAUCUGGACACCAAAUUUUACAACUGUUUUUUUUUCUUUUCAUUUUCCCGUUGUUGUUUUUGUAGAACCCUUUGCCGAAUAUCGCAUCCUAGUGACUGCAUUUACGAAAAAACAUGACGGCAAACCGUCCGAGGUGACGCAACGUACCGAUGUCAGCGGUCCGAGCGCACCAAAAGUGGUCAACCUGACGUGCCACUCGCACAACGCACUGUACUACGGUUGGCGCAUUCCGCAAACCUUUUACAACACGAUCGAUCUGUACAUAAUCAGCUAUCGGAACAUUGCGUACCACGAGUUUCGCGAGAUUCGCAUCACGGUGAAUGCUUCCAUCAUGGAAACUUCGCUGAUCAUUCCAAAUCUUACGAGCAAUGCGGAGUACGAGGUGAAAGUGCGUGCAGCAUCGGCAAGCGUUAUCAAUCCCAAACAAAUCAUUCUCGGAUCGUAUUCCGAACCACGCAAGAUAUCUCUCCAGCCGAACUGUGAAAAGGCUCCGCUAAAGUCGCAGAGACAGGCAUACGAUGAUUACAACUUGGCCGUACUGGCCGGCAUUGUGUUUAGUUUUUCUGCACUGCUGCUGAUCGUGUUGGGGCUCAUUCUGUGGAAGAAGUGUUUCCAUGCCGCCUACUACUAUCUCGACGAUCCUCAACCCUGUCAGGGCGCACAGGCUGGUCUCAUAGACUGGGAAGGACCGAGUGAGGUGGGAGGUGAGGUACGCUGCCCAGUUCCAGUGGCAGACUUUGCUAAACAUGUUGCCCAGCUGCAUGCGGACGGUGAUAUCGGCUUCAGCAAGGAGUACGAAGCGAUUCAGGGUGAGGCGCUGAACGAUGAGUACCCAUCGGAGAACUCGCAGCAUCCGGAAAACAAGGGCAAGAAUCGAUACUUGAAUGUGAUUGCCUACGAUCACAGCCGAGUGCAUCUGCGACAAGUGCCGGGUCAGAAGAAACAUCUUGACUACAUUAAUGCGAAUUUCAUCGAUGGUUACCAGAAGCCGCGCGCAUUCAUCGGCACUCAGGGUCCGCUGCCAGGCACAUUCGAUUGCUUUUGGCGUAUGGUGUGGGAGCAGCGCGUCGCUGUAAUCGUAAUGAUAACGAACCUCGUUGAACGAGGCCGCCGGAAAUGUGAUAUGUACUGGCCGAAGGAUGGUACCGAAACGUACGGCAUUAUACAGGUGCGGUUGGUGAAGGAAGACGUGAUGGCUACGUACACCGUGAGAACGCUCCACAUCAAGCAUCUGAAGAUGAAGAAGAAAAAACAAUCGCAAAUGGAAAAAACCGUUUACCAGUACCACUAUACGAACUGGCCCGAUCAUGGUACACCCGACCACCCGUUGCCGGUGAUCAACUUUGUGAAAAAGUCCACCACCGCCAACCCGUCCGAUGGUGGUCCGAUUGUGGUGCACUGUUCGGCCGGCGUUGGCCGUACCGGGACGUUUAUCGUGCUGGAUGCAAUGUUGAAACAGAUCGAAACGAAGGGUUCGCUGAACGUGUUCGGUUUUUUGCGAUACAUUCGCGCGCAGCGGAAUUAUCUGGUGCAGACCGAGGAACAGUACAUUUUCAUACACGACGCACUGGUGGAGGCGAUCGCUAGCGGAGAGACUAACAUUAAGAUGGAUGCGAUUGGAGGAUUAGUGAACCAUCUGGAUUACAUCGAUGCACAGUACAAGCUUAUCGUGAGUUAUCAACCAAAGGAAAUCAAUUUGACCUCCUCGUUGAAGCCGGUAAAUGCAAUCAAAAAUCGUAGUUCGUUGGUACCGCUGGAGGGUAGCAGGGUGCAUCUCACACCCAAGCCGGGCGUUGAAGGAAGCGAUUACAUCAACGCAACCUGGCUGCAUGGAUUCCGCCGGCUGCGCGACUUUAUCGUAACCCAGCACCCACUGAUUGAGACUUUUAAAGACUUUUGGCAGAUGGUAUGGGAUCAUAACGCUCAAACUGUGGUGCUCCUGUCGUCGGUAGAUAAUAUGUCUUUCUUGCAAUUUUGGCCUAACGAGUCGGAACCGAUAGAGAGUGAUUACUAUCGCAUUCGGAUGGUGUCGGAAACGUCGGAGGACAAUUACAUCGUGCGGAACUUUGUCAUCCAGUCGAUACAGGAUGAUUACGAACUGAGCGUUAAGAUGCUGGAAAAUUCGGCCUGGCCCGAUAUGAACAAUACUCGUUCGAUAUUCGAUUUUGCCGUGAGCGUCCACGAACGCUGCAGCGAGUACAGGAAUGGUCCGAUCGUGGUUGUUGACAGAUACGGCGGAUUCCAAGCAUGCCAGUUUUGCGCCAUAAGCUCCCUAGCAAUGCAGCUGGAGUAUGAUCAGACCGCCAACAUCUAUACCUACGCCAAACUGUACCACAACAAGCGGCCAGGCAUCUGGACGUCGUACGAUGACAUCCGGCAGAUAUAUCGGAUACUUUCCUACAUGCCGAAAGAUCUCGGUCUGCUCAAGUGCACGGAGCUGCGUACAGAAUUCGACGACGCCGCCAUGAUGACGGCAACACCGGAUCUGUACAGCAAGAUCUGUAGCAAUGGCAGCAUUAACAAUCAGCUAACGGGUGGUACACCGGACGGUGUAGGCAAUGGUACGGCAACGACAACUACAACGACCACAUCGAUUAAUCCACCGCCGCCGGGUAUGACGAUCCCGGGGCUGGUAGCAGGCACCCCAAAUACCGUAUGCCCACCGAUGGUUGCAGUGGGUCCGGGUGGAACGACACCACCACCACCAACCCUCCAGAACGGUGGUACGGUCAUCGUGAAGAUGAACGGCGACGACAACGAUGAGCUGUCGGUGGUGGUGGCUACCGGCAACCAUCAUCUAAACCUGGACCACAAUCAGGCGUAAAUUGUAGAGUAACAACACCCAACACGCAGUUCCAGCCGAUGCUUCCUCAGAGACGGGGGAAAAAAAGUAUUUAUUUGCAUUUAAACAUUUCCUCUCUGUUUGUAUGGGGUUUUUUUUUCGUAACAAGUGAAGUUAGCGCUAUACGUUGUGGUAAUACGUUGACUCCACUUUCCGUCAGUUGAUGGUGCCGUUUUGUCAUAGUUUUACAGGACGUGUAUGACGCUUUUAUACCGUUUAUAAAUACGACCAAUUUAUACCUAAGUUAAGAGCAGUAUUUAGUAUAACCGUAGCUUAAGUGAACACACAGGCGUAUGCUUGUGCUUUCUUUUCGGUACGACAGUGAAAUGCGCCACUGUUGGUGAGAUAUUACCAUAUUUAGUACUCGUUAAUCCUUAAAGGACCCGAACCUCCCGUACAUCUUAUUCCUGAUAACAACUGCGAAACACUAAAUCUAGUCGUCGAAAGUUCGAUAACACACAAACAACCGCGUAAUUGAUGCGCGUUUUCUGCUAAAUGGUUGUUUUCCAUUUGUCUACUAGCCCUAACACCGUACGCACUGCAAAUAAUUUAACAAAACAGCCCAGCACCUUGCUCGUUUUGUCGACAAGAAUGUGCGUAAAAUUAUACCGUACCGCUCAUGUGUUUGUAGCGUAGUUUUUUUUUUCUUCAUCUCCCGUUGUUUGCUUACGUUGAGGGAAAUUUCUAUCGCGAAAUAAUCAUAUUGAUUAUGAUGGCACAGUUUUUUGGCUGUUUUAGUUUGGGAACCGUAAGACGCUUGCAGCGCCGUUGCAAACAAUCGUAGGUACACGCUUGGUUCGGCUUCUUGCUGCCGAGCGUUUCCUUGCGUUCGCAUUGUAACAAUGAUCGAUACGUGUAUGUGAGUGUCUGCAAACGUUCGUGUUAGCUGCUUAAUAAGUGCGUUUUAGAAUAUGUUUUGCAUUGUGUAAAUAGUUCUUAGUUUUUUUUUUAAGCAUAACGACUAAUAAGCAUUAUACCGCCGGAGGAUGAAGUAACACUGGCACCCCGAAGGAUCGACUGACGACGAAACAAUCAAUCCGCUGGUUGUGUUCCAUACAAACCGUAUCGUUAGCCGAUUGUUUAAGAAUUCCAUACGAUGUUGUCGUAAACGGCCAACCGUUCCACCAACCACUUCUCACCACCGGAUGGGAUAAAGUUAUGAAAGCACAAUUGAGGGACAUCCACUACAGCAACCGUAAGCCAUAUAUACCAUUUACCAUUAAAACAAGAGCGACGAAUUAAGAGGUAGUAGAAACAUACUGUAAGCGAAGGAAUCAUAACGGAAGUGGGAAAACGAUGAGAUAUAAAGACUGGUUUUCUAAGCUUCUUGCUGUUGACAUCACAACCGAACAGAAGAACGGACAAAAGACACAGCACAAACAAAAGGAAACGAACAAAAUCACCACCAAACCACCACACACAUUCUCACAAGCGCGAAUCGAACAAAGGCCAGCAUAAACUUUAGUGCAAAUGCAAUGCAACACAGUGAAACAAAGCGAACAAAGAAGCACAGCAUAACAAUUAAAUUAUCAAACCAAUGUAUGCAAAUGAUACGUUGCACUUAGGAACGAAGGAACGAGAAUGAUUGGAAAGGAUAUUUCUUGAAUCUUUGCAGGUUGACAAAUUAAAUUAAAAACAAAACAAAUGUGCCGUGUGCCAAAAUGAACAAACUAUAACAUAUAAACGAUACACUGCAAUAGAGACGCGGUUCGGUUGGGGGUGUGGAUAUUUCAACCUUGUUUGGCACUCCCGGAUGUGCAGCAAAAACGAGCUCCUCCUGUAUUUCUUAGUAGUAUAUUAAAACAUCUUGCAAACAACAAGGUACGAACAACGCCCGGUAAACGCAAGGGAUCCGAGCAAGCAACUUGUUUAAGGCAAAAGAAAGCGCGUGAAUUGUACGAUUAUUAUACAAUGUGAUUAAAGGUAGUUUGUAGUGGAGAAUACCGUAGCAAUACGAAACCAGUCGGCCAGUUGGGCUUCUCGCUGUAGUUUGCGAUCAUGCAGGUGUGUCCUUUUUGUUUGUACUCAAACUCGUCCAUUCUUUUCUAGUAGAUUCACACGUUCUCUGUGCCACGUGCUGCCUGUACGGCUAGUUUCCAUUUGCUAGGAAGCGAGAGAGUACAACAGAAGUAGAAUAGUUUAGAAAAAAAGGAAAAAAAAACUACAUUAGCCCACGAGUAUCCAAUCCAACAUAACUUAGAGUAAAACGAAAACCCCAGCCGGAAAUUCGAUUCUCGUUUCCGAUGAAACAGGAUGCAGGUCCACGGACAGGCAAAUUCUGAUAUUCAUCAAACAGGUUGCAAUUUAUAGUUCCUUGUCCGUCAAAAAAAACAGAAAUCGUUACAUCCGUGUGCGGUCAGAUUCCUUUUCCUAGCGGGUACACACACUAGGUCAACAAAUAAAUCUAAAUAAUGUCAUCAUUACACACACACACAUCAGAUCGAUCGAAUGAUUGAAUAAAUGCAUUCCCUGCGAUCCGUGUUAACCAUUCCAUAAAACAAAAACGCAUGGAAACACAGUAUUAGAAGCGAGAACAAAAUGUUUCCCAUUUCACUACCCCAGUCCGAGUCAGUAUUCCGUAGCAAACCAAUACAUAUUACGUCCUUGGAAUAAAAGGGUCAUACUUUUGCAAACGAUAGUCGAAACGGGAAAGUAAGCAUUAACAAAAACAGUUAGCGAAACGCGUAGUAAUAAUAAACUUCGAAAACGUAACGUAGCUAACGAAUUGCGACAUUCGGAAUCUAGGACAAUUUUUUGCCGAUUGAAUGCGGAAAAAAACACCGACGAUGGACAGCGUCAAACAGCGCGCGUAGAAGAUAAAAGGACACAAGGAGGGUGGUGUAAGUAAUGUUAAAAUUAAAAUGUCUCAUAAUUAAUUAAAAAAAAGGCACUCUCAAUGCCACCGUGUACUACAACAAGAAGGUAAAACAAAACCAAAUUUAAAUUAGGCUUGAAAAUAAAUUAAACUGAAACUUCCCUGUGAAACAAAAAAAAACGAACAAACAGACAAACAAAAGGAUGAAAUUACAUAACGCCACAGUAAAGGGGG